AUGUAUAACAAUAAAUUAUUGGAGAACGGGAAUCAUGUUACAAGUAAAGUUGAUUCCAGGCAUGUGGUGUUACCAGAUAUUCAUUCGUUUAAUUUGAUGUUAGAUGCGUGUUUGGUGAAUCAAAAAUGGGAUGAUCUUGAAUUUUUCUACACAAAAAUGCUGCAACACGGAUACUACUUUAAUGCAGAACGUAACACUCAAAUACAGCCGCCAAGUGCUACGGUGACCACUGGUACUGCCACUGGAGCGGGUGCGCGUGUUGAGUACCAGAGCCUUGGCCGUCCAACCUUCACAUGUCAUAAUUGUGCAGCAGUCAUGUGGUAUGAGGAGAGGAACAAAAAUACAAAGGCGUCUGAUGGGACGACUUUCUCUUCGUGCUGCCAGGAUGGCAAGGUUUUGCUUCCUCGCCUUCUUGACGCCCCUGAGCCAUUAAGAUCGUUACUUGAUUGUAACGACCCAGAGACGGUUAGAUUCAGGGAACAGAUUAGAGUGUACAACAGCAUGUUCUGUUUCACAUCAUUUGGGGCAAAGAUUGAUCAUGCUAUAAACAGUGGUAGAAGCCUAUAUACCUUUCGAAUAAGCGGUCAGAACUACCACCGAAUAGGAUCCAUGUUACCAGUUGAAGGUGAACAGCCCAGACAUGCUCAGCUGUAUUUCUACGACACGCAAAACGAAAUCAAAAACCGUAUAGCUGCUUUGUUCGGCCAGGACCAUUGUGAGGACACAGUAGACGAAGCAAUUGUUGCGUCCCUCAUAAGAAUGUUAGACGAACACAGUUCUGUGGCUAACGCCUUCCGAAUGGCGCGCAACUGGUGCGCUCAGAAUGAAAGAAACGACUGUCAGCUGCGCUUACUCGGCCAUGUAAUGAAUAACCCACAGUACAAUCGUCCUAAUGUGUCUGAAGUUGCCGUUCUUAUCACAAACGACUUUGGGGAAGACACCGAGCCACGCAAUGUUGUCGUCAGCACAAAGCACGGAGCGCUGCAACGGAUAUCGGAAUUACAUCAGCUAUACAUGCCUUUGCAGUAUCCGUUGUUGUUUCCAUACGGAGAAACCGGGUACCACGAGCGAAUACGCUACCAUGACAACACCGGACGCCAUGCGACUAAGCGACAGUGUGUUACGAUGCGGGAAUACUACUGCUACAGAAUCCAUUAUCGCAACAAUGAAGGCACCACCCUGUUCAGAGGCGGUCGCUUAUACCAACAACGUCUGGUUGACGCAUACACGGCCAUAGAAGAACAAAGGUUGCGCUGGAUGAGAAAUAACCAGAAUGAGCUGCGCGUUGAGCUCUACCAUAAUGUUUGCGACGCUGUAACACGUGGAGAUACAAGUGCUGAGGCGAUCGGACAACGGAUAGUUUUACCUGCAACCUUUACGGGCAGUCCAAGAUAUAUGAUCCAAAAUUACCAAGACGCCAUGGCUCUGUGUCGUUCUUUUAGCAACCCUGACCUGUUUGUCACCUUUACAGCCAACCCAAAAUGGCCUGAGGUCGAAUACAUGGUAUCUCUCAUACCAGGCCAGAAAUCCCAUGACUGUGCAGAUGUUGUAUCACGCGUUUUUAAGCUAAAGCUGACCUUUUUGAUUGAAGAUAUUAUGAAGAAACAAAUCUUUGGCAAAUGCAAAGCAGCCAUUUACACAAUUGAGUUUCAAAAACGAGGACUACCGCAUGCGCACCUUCUGUUUUGGCGUGAACAUACUGCCGCGUUUCGUACACCUGCUGGUAUAGAUGAUUUGAUUUCGGCCGAGAUCCCAUCAAAGAUUGACGACCUAUCCGGCUAUAAGGCUGUCACAAAUUACAUGUUGCAUGGCCCAUGUGGGAAUGACGCACGCAGUGCUUCGUGUACAAUAGACGGGAAAUGCAUGAAACACUUUCCAAAACCAUUUUAUCAAGAAACGACAAUUGACGAAGACGGUUACCCGGUUUAUCGACGAAGGGAUUCCAAGAUUUUCUUCAUGAAGGGCAAAACUAGGCUUGACAACAGGUUUGUCAUCCCAUACAACCGUUAUCUCCUCUUGAAGUAUGAAUCACACAUCAAUGUUGAAUGGUGCAACCAGUUUCGAGCAAUAAAAUACCUGUUUAAAUACUUAAACAAGGGGCCGGAUAGGGCUACAAUGGUUGUUCAAGAAAACAUUGGCAGUGACAGCGAAAAGCGUGCACAACAGAUUGUUAAGGUCGAUGAGAUUAAAAACUAUUUGGAUUGUCGGUACUUAUCGCCGUGUGAGGCUGUGUGGCGAAUACUUGCAUUUCCUAUACAUUACUCAUUCCCGUCCGUCAUGAAGCUAACCUUCCAUCUACCUAACCAACAAUUGCUCACGUUGCGUGAUUCGGACAACUUGCCAGCCCUGUUAAACCGGGACGGGAUAGGAGAAACAAUGUUCAUCCAAUGGUUUGCGCUGAACAAUAGAGAUGCAGUGGCAAGAAAGUUGACGUACGCCGAGAUACCCACACAGUAUGUGUGGCAAGAGGAUAACAAGGUAUGGAAAAAGUGGUUGGAACGGACACCCGUUGGGCGGAUUGUGUAUUGCAAUCCAGCAGCUGGGCCAAAGUAUUAUUUAAGGAUGUUGUUGGGAAUUGUGAGAGGGCCCCGAAGUUUCAAAGAAAUAAAAACAGUUGAUGGGGUGGUGUAUGAAACGUACAAAGAAGCCUGCUAUGCGUAUGGCUUGCUUAAUGAUGACAAGGAGUGGAGUGACGCUCUUUCAGAGGCCAAAUUAUGGGCGUCUGGUUCACAGCUACGGGGGUUGUUUGUUACCAUGUUAUUGUUUUGCGAAGUGAACCGCCCGGCACAACUGUGGGCGCAGAAUUGGGAGAUACUUUCUGAUGAUAUUUUGUACAUGAAACGUAGACACUUCAUGUUUCCAGGAUUACACUUAUCAGACGACCAGCUUAAGAACUAUUGCCUGAUUGAGCUGAAUGAACUAUUGGAGAAAAAUGGCAAAUCAUUGGCGGAUUUCACGGAUAUGCCACAGCCGGAUACGUCGCUCCUCGAUAAGAUGCAUAAUCGUCUAAUCAGGGAAGAGAUGAGUUACAAUAGAAAACAAUUGACAGAUGAACACGGGCAACUGUACGCAUCACUCAAUACGGAACAGACAGCCAUAUACGACAGGGUCAUUGAUUCCGUUACCGCCAAAAAAAGGAGGGUUUUAUUUCGUAUAUGGUCCGGGUGGGACCGGGAAGACUUUCCUGUACAGGACCAUCUUGUCACGCUUAAGAUCUAUGGGGCUGAUAGCCCUUGCGGUAUCGCAUCUGUUCUGUUACCCGGUGGUCGUACAGCUCAUAGCCGUUUCGCUAUCCCUUUAGAAUUACUUCACAGUAGCACGUGUGCCAUUAAGCAAAAUACCCAAUUGGCACACCUCUUGCAUGAGGUAAGGUUAAUCAUCUGGGACGAGGCACCAAUGAUGCAAAAAUACGCCUUUGAAGCACUUGAUAAAACACUUAGAGAUAUCUUGGGGUUCUGUACCUAUGCAAACAGGGAACACGUGUUUGGUGGCAUGCCUGUCUUACUUGGUGGCGAUUUCAAACAAAUCCUUCCCGUCAUCUCAAAGGGAAAAAGAGAAGAUGUCGUUCAGGCAUGCAUAAAUAAAUCGAACCUGUGGAAAAGUUGUCAACUCUUCACUCUCCACCGGAGUAUGCGCGUCAACGAAUACACCUCCACAGGUGUGAUAGACAUGGAUAGACAACGUUUCAACAAAUGGUUGUUAGACAUUGGCGAUGGAAUCGUUCCGUCGAAAGCCAAAGAAGGUGAAGAUGAGCCGACCUGGAUCGAGAUACCCGCCAGGUUCAUCGUUGAUAGUUGUGGUGUCCCUGUAGAAUCAAUUGUUAACGCUAUCUUCCCGUCAUUUACAAAAAGGCAGGAUGAUUACGAUUUUUUGUGUGAAAGAGCAAUACUAACCCCACGCAAUAUAGACGCGGAUGAAAUCAAUGAUUACAUGUUUCAACAAUUGAAACGGACCGCAAGGACCUACAAGAGUUCUGAUGAGAUAUGUCGCGCAUCCACGGACGUAUUAGAACAGGAGCAACUCUAUCCGACUGAAUUCCUGAAUUCUUUGACAUUCCCAGGUAUGCCGCCGCAUGCUUUGCAUUUAAAAGAAGGCCUCCCUAUAAUGCUUCUACGAAACGAUACUUACUGGGUCAAAUCAUGGAGACACUGCUUUGAUACCAAGGAUCACCCUUUCAUCCACGAAAUCGAAAUGGCCAUUUAUUAUGAAAAGACGGCAAUUCCCAGUGAAGCCAUGCUAUGCAAUGACCAUUAA